AUGCAGUCUAAAGGACAGAAACCUGAAACAGUAAACGACCUGACAAAUGUAGAUCACGAACAGGUCAAGUCUAUCACUUCUAAUGAACCCCGCUCAAAAUUAGGGCAUAACAACCACCUGAGAGAUUUUCUCGAUUUGAAUCAGGUACAGACGUCCCGGCAACAGGAUAUGCAUGCCCAAAUAUCGGCCGAUACUUUUCGCCACUUGACUCAAGAAACAAGUAUCAGAUCGCCGAUAAGGAAGGUGCAUUCGCAAGACUACUUCAGUAUAACUCCGUCGAAUACAAACUACGGUGCUAUAGAUGAAUUAAACAGCUCGUUUCAUCGUAAGGAUAGCACUUGUCAUAGAUCUCACACUUCGAAUAACCUGCUAUUGGAGACAAGUUCUCAUAAUGUUCCUGUACAGCUGAGUGAAGAAGGAAUCAGCCGUAACUUUUAUGAUGAUUUCACAUCUGUUGACUGGGUAAGAGAUUAUCUCUACGAUGUUAAAGAAAGAGAGAAGCUCUCUUCGAUCCCACACUUCCGCGGAAAAAUUGAAAGAUGUUUCAACAGUCUUCAAGACUGGAUAUUAAUCACACUUGUUGCAUUUGGUUGUUCUCUCAUUGCUUUCGUUAUAGACAAGUCGGAAGAGCUGCUUGUAGACCUGAAGAGAGGAUUUUGUGUUAACAACAUUUUUCUGAAUCAACAACAAUGUUGUAGCAAUCACACCUGUGCUAACUGGAAGCUUUGGCCAGAAAUUUUUAAAACCUUUGAUUUUCCGACACUGAGGGCCGAUUUUAUCGUUUAUCUAAUUUUGAGUUUGGUCUUAGCAUACUUGUCCGUACUCGUGACAUUGACAACAAAAGUUGACAAUCCAUUGGCAUCGAAAGCAAAUAACAAGAAAUUUCGAACAAUGUAUUCGGCAUACGGGAGUGGUGUUCCAGAGGUGAAAACAAUUCUAUCUGGAUUUGUGAUAAGGAAAUUUUUAGGAACGUAUACAUUGUUUUCAAAAUCUGUUGCUUUGAUCUUUGCAAUAGCUUCAGGAAUGUCUCUGGGAAAAGAGGGUCCAUACGUUCACCUUGCCACUUGCGUUGGAAAUAUUCUCUCCAGAAUUUUCGACAAAUUUCAAAAGAAUGGAAUCGAAAGGCGUGUAAUUCUUUCAGCAUCAGCUGCGGCUGGUGUUACUUUGGCUUUUGGAUCUCCUUUAGGCGGUGUGUUGUUUUCUCUUGAGGAAGUUAGUUAUUAUCUCCCUGGCAAUCAAUUAUUCAAGACAUUUUUCUGUGCCAUAAUGUCUAAUCUUUUCCUUCGACUCUUCGACCCAUACAGUACUGGUAAGGCCGUUUUAUUUGAAGUUAGUUAUGAAUCUGACUGGCAAUAUUCAGAAAUUCCACUCUAUGUUACUAUUGGCGCAGUAGGCGGCGUUUUUGGAGCGUACUUUUGCAAGUUUGUGAGUUGGUGGGGUGAUUGGUUUCGAAAGACUUCACUCAUAAAAUAUAACCCAGUAAGAGAAGUCCUGUUGAUCGCAUUACUCACUGCUUUUAUGACAUUCUGGAACUCAUAUACAAAUAUAUCAGUUGCAGAGCUGCUGGCAAACUUAGCAUCCCCAUGCUAUUCGCCCAAUGAUUUCACUGGUACUAGUGGCUUGUGUCCAAUAAAUACCAAAAAUUUUCCAAGUGAAAUUGUUUAUCUUCUAUACGCCCUGUUUGUUAAGGUUGUCCUAACAGGUAUCACUUUUGGGAUCAAGGUACCUGCGGGUAUCUAUGUGCCAUCCAUGGUGAUCGGUGCAUUAUUCGGUAGGAUAUUUGCCAUGAGUUUUCAAUACCUUGGAAAUCAUUUUCCCAGUUUUGUAUUGUUUUCUCAUAUUUGCAAUAGCACAAUGACAGAUGGAAUAUGCGUUGAUUUAGGAAUUUAUGCUAUGAUUUCAGCAGGUGCAUUUAUGGCAGGAGUAACCAGAAUGAAUGUAACGCUAGCGAUCAUCAUGUUCGAAUUGACGUCGUCCUAUAAUUACGUUGUACCAAUUUCCAUAGCCAUUGCUGUUUCAAAUCUGAUAGGCUACAUAAUUGAGCCUCAGUCUGUCUACGAAAUGCUUAUCAGGAAGAAUGACCUACCAUAUUUGGAUAAUCAUAAGUCUCAUAAUUUUCGUAAUCAUGAGAGAGAUUUAGCGGAUAUUAUAACAAAAGUUGAUGAGCGGAGGGGUACUAUGUUUGUGGAUGUUUCGAAGUCUGUGUACUUUUCCAGCUCCACAUUAAGAACAAUGCUAAGUAAUUUACAGAAAGAUGGAUUAGUUGACGGUUGCCUACCAGUCUUGAACAAUAAAAAGUUAGCCGGUGUGCUUCCAGCUCCAGAGCUUGAGCUUGCUCUAGACAAGCUUCAGUUGUUUGCCGAAGAAUAUCAAAUCAAAGGUGAUAUACUUGUGCGACUGCUUGACAACAGCACAGAGACAAGUUUUGAUGAUCUUAACGAAUCCGAACGUUUUGCUACCCUUGUUAACAAUGUCGAAGAAGAUUCUAUAGUGUUUUCCAACAUUGAAGAAAAGGUUUUCAUUUUACAGAUGCUGAUAACGCUGUGCGACUUCCGUCACAUAACUGAGCGGUCGCCUAUUUUUCUUGAUAUAAAUUCCCCGUUAUCACUCGUUGAACUUAUCUUCACCAAGUUAGGUAAUAGGUCGAUUUCGAUUACAGACAACGGAGUCUUUGUCGGAUUUCUGCAUAAAAAAAGCUUUAUAGAUCAUUGUCAUAAGCAGAAAAUUUUAUAG